GGAAAGCCACGAAGUCACCCCAGAUGCUUCUCCUGCUGCUGUCGGCAUGGCUGCCUUGAGCUCCUCCAAGAGAAUCCCUGGUCCUCUUCCACUGCUGCUGCUGUUGAUGCUCCUCCUUCUGCAACAUCUGGUUGUUACAGGACAGAAGGUAGAGAUAGCCCAACUUCCGGAGUCCGUAUCGGUGAAAGCAGGAGAGACCAUCACUCUAAAGUGUACAGUGACUGGAGAUAAUUUACCUGGAAGCGUGCGGUGGUACAAAGGGUGGGACAGAAAACAGGAAAUUUACCGUGAUAAACAAAGAGCUUCCAACAAGGUGGCCAGGGUCAUCCCAGGAUCCAACAUGGACUUCAGCAUCAAGAUCCAAAACGUCCAUCCUGAAGAUGCCGAUACCUACUAUUGUGUGAAGUUGAAGGCCGGGCUCCAAGAGAUCGUGCUGGCUUUAGGGAAUGGCACUCUGGUCUCCGUGAUCGAGUCACAGCAACAAUCCAUCCUUGUUCUCUUCAUUGCGCUUUUCCUGACCAAAGUAGCCAUCCUUCUUUUCAUCUCUUGCCUUUUCCUAAUAAAAGUGUUUGGACACAAGGGGACAGAUGAUCGUUCCGGAACAUUCCAGGAAGUGAAACCGUCUGGGACUUCAACUUAG